UCUAAUUGGAUGAUAAGUGGGUGCGUACUGUUGGAGACUGGAGCCAAAACGCUUGUGUUCCUUUUGGAGUCUAUUCUCGUCACGGUUCCAUCUCCAAUCCCAUUUGCUAUUGUACCUGCACCAAUAGCAGAGACCGAGGAGCGCGUUUUAACUCGGGUGGCAUUUUUUAUAUUCCAUCAUUACAAUCCUGGCGCAAGUUUGACGCAGUGAUCUCUGAGCUCUCUCUCUCUCUCUCUCUCUCUCUCUCUCAAGAUCAUCUUUUCCAGGUGUUUUUUUUUUCUCCUUAGAUUUGAUGUUUUGAUGGUGAUCCACUUCGGAAAAGUAAACCGGUGAUGGCAGACUCUGAUGCGCAAGAGACUCGCCAACCUGCAAAAGACUCGCCUUUCUCCAUCAAGAACCUGCUGAACAUUGAAGACAAACCCACAACAAUAAAGCAGCCCAAGAGCUUCCUGGGCUCGUCCAAAGGAGUGUUUGAAGGCAGCUUCUUCUCUCGACUCGGGGACUUGUCUUCUUUCCCAAGGUUUGAGCUGCAGCCCGCACAGAGAAUCGGACUAUCUGCGCAGUAUUUGGAGAGAGCGACUACAGCCUGGUGGUACCCAUACACACUAGGGACUCAUCUGAGGACUGCAGGUUCUGAGAAGGCCAGCCUAAGAGAAGCAUCACCAGCACCGGACAACAGACGCUCUCCGGAUCUCCAGAAGAGUUCAGACCAAGAUGCCAAAGAGGAAAGCGCCGACGAUGACAACAUCACCCUGGAUGAGAGUGACUCCGAGGAGCCAAAGAAAGAACUGGACCAAGAGGACGACCACUGGAGGAGGAAAACGGACAACGAGCAUGACUCCUCCGAGAGGAAGCCCGGCUGCAGGAAGAAGAAAACUCGCACGGUGUUCUCCAGGAGCCAGGUGUUCCAGCUCGAGUCCACCUUCGACAUCAAGCGCUACCUGAGCAGCUCGGAGCGCGCGGGCCUCGCGGCGUCGCUGCACCUGACGGAGACGCAGGUGAAGAUCUGGUUUCAGAACCGCAGGAAUAAGUGGAAGAGGCAGCUGGCCGCGGAGCUAGAGGCGGCCAACCUGAGCCACGCGGCGGCGCAGAGGAUUGUGAGGGUUCCGAUACUUUACCACGAAAACGGAGCUCCGGAGACCAGCGGGGGUCCAGCUGGGAACUCACCCGGGAAUCAGUCACUGCUGGCGGCUUUCCCUCACCACAUGUACUACUCCCACCCGGUGCCACUGCUGAGGCCGGUUUAACACUGGAUCUGUGGUGGCAGCUGUACAGAUGUUUUUAAAUGAGAGUGACCCUUAAGAAAAAAAACAAUAAAAUACAUUUUGUAUAUUUUGUAGAUUCAACGGACACAAUGUUAGGUCAUGUUAUUAUUAUUAUUAUUAUAAUUAUUUUUUUUAAUUAUUAUUAUUAUAGCCUAUGUAAUCAUCUUUUAUCCUGCUGAAGCGUUCUUGAGCAAGUACAUUUUACGCCUAUAAUUGGUGUUUUUGGAGGGACAAUCGAAAAUGAUUAGCCUUUUAGUAUUAUUAUUAUUAUUAUUAUUAUUAUAUUAUUAUUAUUAUUAUUAUUAUUAUUAUUAUUAUUAUCAUCGCCUAUGUAAUCAUUUUUAUCCUAAUUUUAAUCCGUUCUUGAGCAAGUCCAUUUUACGCCUACAAUUAGUGCUAUUGGAGGGACAAUCGAAUAUGAUUAGCCUUUUAUUAUUAUUAUUAUUAUUAUUAUUAUUAUUAUUAUUAUUAUUUUAUUUUAUUUUAUUUUAUUUUAUUUUUUUGUGAUCAAUUUCUUACUGGUAUUUAAGCAUAAUUAUAUACGAUGGGGUUGCAAAUUGAUAGAUCACCAUUAGAGUAAAAGAAUAUAAUCACAAAUGUCAAAAACAAACAAACAAACAGGAAGAAGAAAAAACAAAACAAACAACAAAAUUUGUUAUGCAAUUAUUAUUAUUAUCAUUAUUAUUAUUAUUAUUAUUAUCAUUAUCAUUAUUAUUAUUAUUGGUGAAAUUGCUACAUGCUCAAAGGUGGGUGAAUAUAAUUUAAUGUAUUCAAAUUGAAAAAAAUAACUUGUUUUGAUUGACUGUCCAUAUGUAUUUUACGGAGAUUUGUGUCAGUGUUUGUAGCAAAACAUGUGGGAUUUAAUAUUUUGAUAUUUUCCAAUAUUGUGCAAUAAUGUUGGCUUCACAUUAUAGGCUUACCAGCCUUACAGAAAAAAAAAAUCCCUUUUUCUCUUUGUAAUAGUGAAGACAAUCAUGUGAUCCUUAAAAAAAAUCCCCGAGAAACUGCAGGUGAAAAGCAUUUGUUUUUAUGACGCAAUGUUUUGCAGGUAAUUCAAAAGCCAUGCAAAGAGCCAAAAAUAGCCUCUGUUUUUGUGUGUUUUUUUUCUCUCUGAUAUUGUUAUUGAAAUUCUGUAUAUUAUAUGGUCUCAGUAAAGAUUUCGUUCCAAAA